AGAAGGCAAGCCCACAGCGGGGGUGAGCAUGCGCACCGGGGAGAAGGCGCUCGCUAGUGCCGGGGUCGCCCCUGCGAGCCCACAGCGCCGCCUGGGGACCGGAGGCCGUCGGCCCACGGCCCCUCCUGGGUAAGGAACCGGAGCGGCACGCCCACUGCUCCGGUCCAGGAUGGAGGUUGGGAAUCGUUUGAGGCGCGAGCUUCCUGCGCCUAGUUAACAGCUGAGUCCGCGGCGGGUCGAGAAUGGCCACGUGCUGUAGCGUGCAUGGCCGCAAGCAUGGCUUCCCGCCGUCCUGGCCACUCUGGACUUGGGUGUCAGUGCUUGCUUCCACAUAGAUUGUCACUUCUUGUAAGCCACCGCCACCACCACGGUAAUCUAAACAUUGGAUUACAGCCUAACUAUACCAGGAUUGCAUCUACAUCCUCAAAUUAGAGCGCAAAUACCGCUCUGCUAAGUGGAGUGGGGAUUAAAAGGAGUGACCAAGGACUAAUGCAGCUUAGGGCGUGGAAGAACGGUGAUGGUGACGCUAUUUACUCAAAGGCCAUUCAGACUGAGGAAGACCUGGAAACUUCGGGGCCACGUGAGCCACAGCCGCAGCCGCACUUGCCAGCAUCGGAAGCUUCCAGGCUGCCGGGCUAAUACUAGUGGCGUGCAUCACCACAGGAUCAGUUUCGACAAGGAUCACCCAGCUUACUUUGAAGAAGCUGGUCUGAGAUGUGACCACUCAAAGAGAAACCAGAGCAACUGUGAAUUUUGGCUGGCGAGCAGAUGCAGCCCUAUAAAAGGCCCAGAAGUAAUGAUACUCCAGGAGCCAUGAGCACACCUGCCACUCAGUUCUGGGUGGAACUGAAAUACUGUUUCCCACUCAAAGAAAGCAGGGCUUCUUGUGGACAUGGCUGGCUCCAGGUCUGGGAAAGGGAAAGUAAAAUGUGAUAUGGAGACAUCUCUUUUGUCUGAUUAAACCUGCUGCAACCUAUUGAUGAAAGUAUUCAAUGUUAAAUGAAAAUAAUUUCAGGAGGCAUAUUUCCACAACUACAAAAAUAUGUGGGUGUGGGUGUGUCUCAUAUCUUAUGGACAAUCUUACGAACAAUCACACAGAUGAUGUGUUUACAAACAGACCCCCCAAAUCUUUUUUAAUCUGCAAAAACUCAAUUGGAGAACCACUCUUUUUCAGAGUGUGCAGACAGUCUUAUCCAUUGAUGUGCUGGCAGUGCAGCCUUUAUUUGUCCCCCCUCAACUCCCCACUCCAGAACUCAGUAAUGGUUUUCUUUGAUAACUAAGGCAAUAGAUUUCCUAAAUUAGGGGAUCAGAAAUUCUAAUUCUCCAGUCACCUGGGUAGCUAAUGCUUUAAUCUGCAUAAAAACUGUGUUAAAAUUCUCUUCACAUAGGCAGGAGGAAAAAAGGAGAUGACAUCAGAGGUGCUUUCCUAAAGAUCAGAGGAACUGCAGCUGUGGCCUUCCCAUUCAUCAGGUGGCACAUUUAUCUAGUUCUGCCACUUCUGUGAUGGAGUAGACUUUAUAAAAAUGGCUCUCUUAGAAGAUUUAGAACAGUCAACAAAAGCUGUCAGACUGACUCUUCUUUGAGAAAUUGAACUUAGGUCACUAGAAAAUUCUUGAAGGUUAUAUUCAGAAUCAAAUCCUACUGAAAAACCUGCUUCCUACUUUUUUACUAAAGGUUCUUGGUGGGUAUCGUCCCUAUCUCUAAUGUAUUUUUCCCCUCAAACUGGCAAAUAGACCAGAUCAACUGGACAUCAAAUUCUUGAGGACUUAAGUAAUUUUAACCUUCUGUUUAUGGAACUUUUGCUUAAUGAUGAAUCUUCUUGUUAAUAUUUAAAACAAUUGGGUUUUACUGACUUUAUAAAAUGGAAAUUGGAAAGCACUGUCAUCAGUAAACUAAAUGUUUUAUUCAGAUUUUAGUACAGUUAUAAUAUAUUUUUGUGAAAAGGUUAUUUACUAAGUCAUUUUAAAGACGACUUAUUUAUUUUAGGGAGAGAGACACGCACACAAAGAAACAGAGACAGAGUGGGGAGGGGUGGAGGGAGGGGGAAAGAGAGCCUUAAGCAGACUCCACACUGAGCGCAGACCCCAAUGUGGGCCUCAAACUCACGGCUCUGAGAUCAUGACCUGAGCUGAAACUAAGAGUCGGAUGCUUAACCAACUGAGCCAUCCAGGCGCCCCUUAUGUUGUUUCUUGAUCUGAAAGCUGCUCAUAUGAUUUGUUCAGUGUGUAAUA